CGUCCUACAAAGGAGAAAGGACGAAGAAAACUGCUUUCAUAGACAAGAAGUAAAUCUCAGCCGUCUAAUGUGUGAUUUACUAUCACAACCAGCACCAUCAUCACAACAGAGAACAGGACAAAAAUUAUCUACACGACAAUUAAGUAAAGAUCAAAAUCAUUCAUCAAUCAUGGAUUCUACUAUUGGGAUUACUAAUAAUACUUCUAGUUCCACCUCAACGAAUGCUGCUACUGCCAUUGCUUCUGCUACUAGUAAUCCUGUGGAAGUAUCAAAUAUGUGUACAUCUGGAACAGUUUCAAAUCGUUCAAAUUCAUCCCUCGUGAAUAAUCGUUCAUUGAAGUUUAAACAGCAACAACAAAAGUCUGAAUUAAGAACACCAGUUGAUAAUCAUUUAUCCCUUUAUACCAAUGUUAAUACUGCUACAACCACUUCUGCUACUGGUACCAGUAGUAUAUGUUCAUUAGGAUCGCUAAAUGAGGAUUAUAUCAACAAACUUAGCUCUACUUCAAAAGAACAUAAUCAUAUUUCAUUCAAUGGUGAUAUUCAACAAAAGUGUUCAUCGAAUGAAACAAUCCAUUCAUCGUUGAUUGACAUGACUACUCAAUGUUCAACUGUUGAUCAAAAAGGUAAAUCAAUGAAUAGUUUAGAUGGAAUACAAUUACCGUAUAGUAAUAAAUUGAAUUUAGUUAAACAUGAUCAAUGUUCAAUGAAUCCAUUAAAAUCGCCGCAUUCACCUUCAUCACCCUCCCCCUCCUCUUCACCUUCUUUCUUCGUCAUCUAUACCAUCUCCUUCAAAUCAUAAUCAGUCGUCAAGAAAAGCUGACAACUCACAAUGGAACACUGAUGAUACCAAAAAUAUUCAUGAAACCAAAGAAGAAAACAUAACGAACUCUUGCAAUAUAAAGUCAUCAACAGAUAUGACAGAUGCUACAAGUUUAGU